CAACACUGUACGUGGCUUCGCAGCGGAGGACUGGGAGUGUUGACCGGGAUGCACUUGUUAACGACAGAGGAAGAGUGAGGGUAUUGGCAGCGUUGGGACGUCGAAUAAAUGUCUUCCUCACGUUUGUUUUGAUAACGAACGGUAGCGGGUCUCGCAGAAGCUUCUUAUUGGCUGUACCUGGUGUUACGGCGGCUGCGGACGGCUGACGUUAGUGCAGGAGCUGCUGCUGCGGUGGAAGGCUUCCUCCCGCUGAACGUCCAGCUGCCGGUGUGAUAUGGCGGAGAGCGGGUCGUCGGUUGAAUUCUCCGGCUCUCUGACUCUCCCGCCGCCGAGGACCCGCAUCUUCAAAAUCAUCGUGAUCGGGGACUCGGGUGUCGGGAAGACCUGCCUCACCUACCGCUUCUGUGCCGGGAAGUUCCCCGAGAAGACCGAGGCCACGAUCGGGGUGGACUUCAGGGAGAGGCUGGUCGAGAUUGACGGGGAGAAAAUCAAGAUCCAGCUGUGGGACACUGCAGGUCAGGAGCGCUUCAGGAAGUCCAUGGUGCAGCACUACUACCGCAACGUGCACGCUGUCGUCUUCGUCUACGACGUCACCAACGCUGCCAGCUUCCGCAGCCUCCCAGCCUGGAUUGAGGAGUGCAAGCAGCAUGCACUGGGUACAGAGGUACCCAGGAUUCUAGUCGGAAACAAGUGCGACCUCCAAGACUCCAUCCAGGUGGGCACAGAUGUGGCGCAACAGUUUGCCGACGCCCAUUCCAUGCCUGUGUUUGAGACGUCCGCAAAGAACCCAAACAGCCAGGACGGAAACUAUGGCGGAGGGAACAGUGACCACGUUGAGGCUAUUUUUAUGACGGUGGCCCACAAGCUGAAGUCUCAGAAGCCUCUGAUAUUGAGCCAGCCACCCGAGGGAUCAGGGGGUACCAUCAACCUGAGCAGGGGGAGGGAUGAUGGGGGAGAUGGGUCCAGGAGCUGGAGCUGCAGCAGCUGCUGAGGGAGAAAAAUGGAGGGAAAGAGGGAGAGAACUUCAGCCUGAGGCUGCACAAAGAGAUUGAAAACGGAAGGGGGCAGAGGGAAGAGGCUGAGAGAGAGAACGGUUCUAGCUUCAUAAUCAGCACAACACAUAGAUGAAUGUCUCAAGAGGACACUUUUUUUUUAAUGCUUGCUUAACUUUAUAAAUUACUUGAAAUGGUCGUGGGAUAGAAUUUAUAGAUUGUUGUUGUUGUUGUUUAGGGAUGCCAAAAUCAAAAUGGAAAUGAUCCUGAGUGAGGGGCCAAAACUGAGUCUAACUCAAUAAUUUAAGCUCCAUACAUUUCUUUAUUUACAGUUUUACCAUGGCCUGAUGGGAGGGUAGGACUUGUACAGGGGGGAAGCAGAAUGUGUUAAAAUACAGCCUGUGCCAUUUUGUUUGUAAUUUUAGGCCAUAAUCUGUGACAGUGUAGUAUAGACGGUAUUAUAUUUAAAGGUGUUUGUGUUAUUUUAACUGCCCCCUUCUUGUAAUUUGUGUUUGCAUUCAUCUCAAUUUGCGAUACUCAAUUUGGCUUAAGCUCAGCCGUUUCAUUAAAGGUGCCCUGUGGAGUUCUAACACUAAUGUGUUUCUUCUUCAUGAAACCAGCGUCAUUAAAGGGCCUGUACGAUAUUUUUAUUGUUAAAAUAAGUGUUAAACGGCAAGAACAGACAGGAGGUUUACAACGUCCACAUUUACUGCACUGUUAAUACUUAUGUUUGCUAGCUAUCUUUGCUAACACACUGUUAAAUGUAUCAUAUCACCACCAAAUGUCCGUCAGUGGAAUAGUGUUGACAAGAAAAUGUAUUGUCAGCAGCGUCAAAAACUCCACAGGGCACAUUUAAGUCUGGCUGCUUUAAAUCCAAAAACAGAUUCUUUAACAGAAACGGGCUUUGCGUCUUGAGGGAAGCUCUUUCAUAUCCACGUUCUGUUUGUAGCAGAUGCAAGCUCACUCAGACCUUGUAGUUGAUUGGAAAAAAGUUUCCGUUUUCAUACUGCUUAAAAAACAUUGUGGGGCUCUGAGGGGUAGUUGGUAAGGUUUGAGUCAGUGUGAUUCAACUGAAAGGACAUCUCCCAAUCCAUCUGCAUUAAGUGAUUACUCAUCUUCUUUUAAGCUUUUUGAUGAGUAGAAACCCCUCGUCUUUGGCCACUGCUAGCAUUUUCAUGUCCCUUCAAGACAGUUAUUUUUACAUAACAUUUUCUAUCAGGAGACAAAAAGUUGAAUCAAUGCAUCAGUACAAAAAAAGCUAUUCAACACUUCAGCCAUCAAAGUCAAGACACCAUGCAGUGUUAUUGUUAAUGUCUGCUAAUGGAAUUGGUUGUCCCAACAUAAAUUACCAGAAGAACUUAAAGCCCCUAUAAUCGAUUUUUAUAAUAACAAUGUGUCAUGACAAUGUGACUGUGAAAGAAGGCGCUCAUUGUGAUGAACCUACAAAGAGUUACCACCGCAAUCUACAGCUCCCCUCAACUGAGCUUUACAGUGAGUUGUCGGUGGUAGGAGGCCGUGGAAGCCUAUUUCCACCAAUGUGAAGGGGGAAAAAGAGAUUCUGUAAGUCAUUAUAACGAGAAACUUUCUCAAUAUUUUGAUUUAGUAUCUGAAAAUAAUGACUUUGUGAUUAAGUCAUUAUUUUGAGAUUCUAAGUGAGUAUUUUCAGGAUGUUUCUCGUGGCUGGAAAUGGGCUUCCAUAGAAGGCAGCUGUUUUCUGGGAAAAAGCUUUAAAACCCCGCUGUACACUACCUGCUCAGCACCAAACAGUUGACAGUCACAGUUAGCGACUAGUUUGUGAACAACGAGGAGCAUUGAGCAGCUAAAGAGACGGUUAUUUCCCUCAGGAGUCAGCCAGAAACAGGACUUUAUAGGACUAAUAAUGUUGCUACAUAACUGCUGGACGAGUACAUAAGCAACCUUUUGCUAACAAAUCAGCCUCUGUCAGCGUAUAAACUCCCCACAAUAGAGCAGUGGUUGGCAGAGUGUUAUGAGACAGAAUGCAAUGGUUGGAUGAACUGUAUGUGCUUGCUAACUGGCCGUUAGCCGUCAGUAACAGUUGUGAAUAAUGUUCGGAGGGAGUAAAUGACCCAGUACAGAGAAAACAAACACUUUGAGAGCUGUGGCUGGCUAAUGCUUGUUUAGCUCAGUUUGUUAGCAUGCAGCAGCAGAGCUAACAGUCUGUAUAAUGGCAGCGUGAUGUUUAAGGACCAGUGUGUAGGAUUCAGCGGCAUCUAGCAGCCAAACUCAUUCUAAGCUAAUAAAAACACAAUGCUUCCUUUCAGGUAAUUGCACACUAAUGAUAACAUACCUAUGGAUAUUAUGUUCCAUUUCUGUCAAUAGAUCCUCCUCAGUGUGACACACUGGACCUUUCACAUCUCAAGGUGAAUCUUUAAACACAUCUUUUGGGGAAUGUAACUAGGAAUCGUCUGUUAAUUUAACCAUAAAGGACACAAAGGGAACCUGUAAGGAAGUUAGAGAGAAUAGUCUGUUAGCCGUUCCCCUCUCUUGGUAAAGAGUUUAGUACUGUGUAGGAUAGCCAGUGAAUCAAACACAUACCUCUCAGUGUGCAAGGCUUAGUAGUGUGCACCUCCACAUGUACAUGGAUGCCUAAACCCACUACUUACCCUGUAUGUAAGCUUGUGCUACAAUAUUCAGCAUGUCUCUCAAACACCAUUGUAUGAUAACAGCUGACGUUUACUUCUUCAUAUGCCAUAAUGCAUCAUAGACUGCAGCUUUGUCUUAGUGGUUAGGGAUGUUUGUCGUGGCCACAGCUGGUCCUGUGGCUCCUCUGCCAAACGCCGCAGUGUUAAUGUCUUCUUCAAGGAUGAGGACUGUCAAUCAAACCAAAAGGCCUUCUCUCAGGACUCUGUUCAGAGGCUAUGCACACGGACGGAAAAGACUUAGAAGCACAGACGCGGGCUGUUAUCUGCAGCUGUGCGGCUUGUCAGUAAUGUGACAACAGUGGAAGACAUCAUGUGGGUGUGUUAUUGUUUAAGAUUUGGUUGCUGCUUUCUUCUUUAAGUGUCCUUUGUUUUUGAUAAAUACCACCCCCCUCCAACCAUCCGCCUUCACACCGGGUCCUGCUAUAAUUUCCUUUGCCUUACUUUAUUUCACUACAGCCAUGAACAGCAAAUAUUGCUACUGUAUCUCUCACUGCAAAUGCCCAGAAAGAAAAACAUCCAAUUACAGAAUGGUAUUAAUUUACAAAGGGACUGGUGAGUGAACCUGCUAGGGGCGAGUAGUUGCAAUGGUUUUGUCAUGUGUACCUUGCAAUAAACUACCUUGGACAUCUCAAAA